CGCGCAGGGUCGAGGACAGCCGGCCCCCCAUGUCAGUGGUCUAGGAUGGCCAGUGAGGGCGCCAGCAUCCCCAGUCCUGUGGUGCGCCAGAUCGACAAGCAGUUUCUGAUCUGCAGUAUAUGCCUGGAACGGUACAAGAACCCCAAGGUCCUCCCCUGUCUGCACACUUUCUGCGAGAGGUGUCUGCAGAACUACAUUCCUGCUCACAGCCUGACCUUGUCCUGCCCAGUGUGCCGCCAGACCUCCAUCCUGCCCGAGAAAGGGGUGGCCGCUCUCCAAAACAACUUCUUCAUCACUAACCUCAUGGAUGUGCUGCAGCGGACGCCAGGCAGCAAUGUCGAGGAGUCCUCCAUCCUGGAGACUGUCACUGCUGUGGCUGCGGGAAAGCCUCUCUCCUGCCCAAACCACGAUGGGAAUGUAAGUGAAGUGGACACUGCCCGGGAUCAUGGUGGCUUUCCCAUAGGUACUGCCAUGUGUCGGGAGUGCACUGAGGGGGAGCACGCGGAGCACCCCACAGUCCCACUCAAGGACGUGGUAGAGCAACACAAGGCCGCCCUCCAGGUCCAGCUGGAUGCUGUCAACAAAAGGCUUCCAGAAAUAGACUCUGCUCUUCAGUUCAUCUCAGAAAUUAUUCAUCAGUUAACCAACCAAAAGGCCAGCAUCGUGGAUGACAUCCACUCCACAUUCGAUGAGCUACAGAAAACUUUAAAUGUUCGCAAGAGCGUGCUACUCAUGGAACUGGAAGUCAACUAUGGCCUCAAACACAAGGUGCUCCAGUCGCAGCUGGAUACCCUGCUCCAGGGCCAGGAAAGCAUCAAGAGCUGCAGCAACUUCACUGCCCAGGCGCUGCACCAUGGCACAGAGACCGAAGUGCUGCUGGUGAAAAAGCAAAUGAGCGAGAAGCUGAACGAACUGGCCGACCAAGACUUCCCCCUCCACCCGCGGGAGAACGACCAGCUGGACUUCAUCGUGGAGACCGAGGGCCUGAAGAAGUCCAUCCACAACCUGGGGACCAUCCUGACCACCAACGCUGUGGCCUCUGAGACGGUAGCCACGGGCGAGGGGCUGCGGCAGACCAUCAUUGGGCAACCCAUGUCCGUUACCAUAACAACCAAGGACAAAGACGGCGAGCUGUGCAAGACAGGCAACGCGUACCUGACCGCGGAGCUGAGCACCCCCGACGGCAGCGUGGCGGACGGCGAGAUCCUGGACAACAAGAAUGGCACCUACGAGUUCCUCUACACCGUGCAGAAGGAGGGCGACUUCACCCUGUCCCUGAGGCUCUACGACCAGCACAUCCGCGGCAGCCCGUUCAAGCUGAAAGUCAUCCGCUCGGCCGAUGUGUCCCCCACCACCGAGGGUGUGAAGCGACGUGUCAAGUCCCCAGGCAGCGGCCACGUCAAGCAGAAAGCGGUGAAGAGACCCGCCAGCAUGUACAGCACUGGGAAAAGAAAAGAAAACCCCAUCGAGGACGAUCUGAUCUUCCGAGUGGGGACCAAAGGAAGAAAUAAAGGAGAGUUUACAAAUCUUCAGGGAGUAGCUGCGUCUACAAGUGGAAAGAUACUGAUUGCAGACAGUAACAACCAAUGUGUGCAGAUGUUUUCCAAUGACGGCCAGUUCAAAAGUCGUUUUGGCAUCCGAGGACGUUCUCCCGGGCAGCUGCAGAGGCCUACAGGAGUGGCAGUACAUCCCAGUGGGGACAUAAUCAUUGCAGAUUAUGAUAACAAGUGGGUUAGCAUUUUCUCUUCAGAUGGGAAAUUUAAGACAAAGAUUGGAUCGGGAAAGCUGAUGGGGCCCAAAGGAGUUUCCGUGGACCGUAACGGACACAUUAUCGUGGUGGAUAACAAGGCGUGCUGCGUGUUUAUCUUCCAGCCAAAUGGCAAAAUAGUCACGAGGUUUGGUAGCCGAGGAAAUGGGGACAGGCAGUUUGCAGGUCCCCACUUUGCAGCUGUAAAUAGCAAUAAUGAGAUUAUUGUUACAGACUUCCAUAACCAUUCUGUUAAGGUAUUUAAUCAAGAAGGAGAAUUCCUGCUGAAGUUCGGCUCAAAUGGAGAAGGAAAUGGACAGUUCAAUGCACCAACAGGUGUAGCAGUGGAUUCCAAUGGAAAUAUCAUCGUGGCAGACUGGGGAAACAGCAGGAUUCAGGUUUUUGAUGGGAGUGGAUCAUUUUUAUCCUACAUCAACACAUCUGCUGACCCACUUUAUGGCCCCCAAGGCCUGGCUCUAACUUCAGAUGGCCACGUUGUGGUUGCAGACUCUGGAAAUCACUGUUUCAAGGUCUACCGGUACUUACAGUAACAAUGGCCAGCUGCAAACUCCCUAGCAGAGGUCUUGCACUAUAAACUGGAAUGGUUUUUCUUGACGUGGGACCAGAUUACGACUAGACUUUUCAUGCUAGAAGGAAUCUUUGGUGAACUUUCCAAGGUUAUUUCUGAAUGUAACAAUUUCCUUAAAAACUGCUUAUCCAAUUUCCGUAAUUCACUUUUAGGGUUUAAAAAAAAAAUCUUCUACUGAAUCUACACAAACUGCAAAGUUUUACACCUGUGAACUAUGGCUUAUAGGACAGGGAUUUAUGUAGUUAAACUAAUUUUGCAAAUCAAACAUUAAAAAACAAACUAGCAUAUGUAAAGAUAUUUGUUAAUCUUGUGAAUGGUAGCCUUUGCACAGAGCUUCCAAGAGCAAAACCUGUUGUAGUUAUAUACUUUAUUUCACCUAGGUCACAAGACCCAGGGACUCAUCUAACCUCACUUUUACAGUAGGUAUUAUUCUUGUGACCUUUUUUGGGUUAUCAACAACUACAUAUGAAUUACUUUAGAAAAAAAAAAAAAAGGCUGUCUUGCAAAAUCCUUCUAGGCCUCUUGAGCACUGAAGAAUCAAUGCAAAUUUCCCAAUCUUCCCGGAUUAGAUCAAAGAUCCUUUUUGUGUGUUCUUUUCAUCUUCUCUGCUCCCCUUUUUAUCAGAAAACAAAAAUCCAUAUUCAGGGAAAUCUGACAUUCCUGAUUCUUUGAAGAGCAUAUUACAAAGUAAAGGUACCUUUUGAUCAAUGAACAGCUCCAGAAUGAUGUACUGGAAUGUAAUCAAGAAAAAGUUAAGUCAUCUUAUAUGUGCCAUGUUUCCACAUGUGUCUUUCCUCUUCCACUUCAUGAAAGCGAAAGCUUUACCUCCUACAAAAUGUCAACACAUGUAGCAGGACACCAGUAUCCUAGGACAGAGAGCCAUAAGCAGCCCUUUGGAGGACUGAUGGUGUCAACCAAAGGCAUGUGAUUGAUUCAUGAUUUCCCCUUAGCGAGCAAGUGUUACCAAAGUUCUGUUAUCUCGAGAGCAUACCAGGUAAAGGCAUGUUCUGGUUAAUUCUCCUUGUUUAAUGAACAGUAGAGGCAUUAAGGGACUAUGUAUACACGAUUAGGGUAAGAUAGAAUGUAUCAUAUAUAAAUAUAUAUAGCUGAAAUCCUUGGUGUAUUGAAAUAGGCAGCACAGAAAGACAGAAGCAUUGUCCAGGCACCCUCCAGCACAUCCCUUCACUAACGCAGUUUAAAGCCGUCCUUUGUGGAGCAAGCCCAAAAGCAGGUUUAAUUUUUGUCAUUUUCCAGGAAUAAUGGUGGUGGCUGACUUGUAGUCAGAAAAUGGCCUUCUGUGCUUAAAAGAAAA